CGCUUCUCCUCUCCAGAUGGUGUUUUAAACGCAGACAGAAGGGUCAUUAGACAACACACCAGCUUCCAACCACUGACAACAAAAAUAAACCCAAACGCGAGAUGGUGCAGAGCGAAACAACGCAGUGUGUGUAACAUCAGUUAGCUGGGACACGAAUGAUGUUUUUAACGGACCGUCUUUUCGUGCGCAUUGUGGAGGGAGUUCGCGACGAACAGUUGGAGUAUUAACAGGAAGAUCUCUGAAACACUCCCAAAUCUCAGUCAUUUAUGUAGACGAGGACUUCGGGAUUUACACGAGACACUUCUGCUUGGGGGAAAUGGAGCAUCAGUGGCAAGAUUAAAACAUCUUCUAUCUUAUAGGAGGGAUCAUCACGGACAUCUACUGUGGAAUACGAUAUAAAACCAUUAAGAGCGCGAGAUCUGAACUGGAAGACUUUGCGAUUUGUGUGUAUGUGUGUGUGUGUGUGUGAUUUGAGAAAUCGAGGCGAACUUUUUUUCGCCCAGUGCAUUUUUAAUAAGAGAUUUGUUAACACGUUUGAGGAUUUUGACAUCUGAAAAGAACGCAAUACCAAAGUCUCACUAUACUUUAAUACUAAAGCCUCCGCUGUGUUCAAGAUUGUACGAUAUAUUUUCGAUUUCUUGAAACUGAAUUACCUCAUUAUUUAUUGCUAUAACAAAAAGUCAACAUCGCGCGCAGUCCAAAGGAUUUCAGAACUCUCUUUCAUAGACUCUUUUUUGAUAAGACGGCAUACACAUACUGUAUCUACAUGGUUGCUUUUUAUCAAUUUGGAAAGUUCUCAUCUUUCUCAAAGAGGAACCGGGCUUAAUAAUUUUCCAUUUUUCCCCUGUUCUUAAUUUUCGGGUGGAUUAAUUUUUGCUGCAAAACACCUGAUUGACUUCGACCUUCAAAAGUAACACAGCAAAGAAGGCUGGAACGAUGCCAGAUUCACCUGCUGAUGUCAAAACCCAGCCCAGGUCAACUCCGCCCACAAUGCCACCACCACCCCCUGCUGUCAGUCAGGCAGCCAAUCGCAACGCGUCAUUCACACCCACAACAAUGCUGAAUGGGAGCAGUCACUCUCCAACGGCACUAAACGGAGCUCCCUCAACCCCUAAUGGCUUCAGCAAUGGACCGGCCACCUCAUCUACUGCUUCCCUGCCUACCCAGCAGCUGCCCCCAGCCUGUGGAGCCCGGCAACUCUGUAAACUUAAACGUUUCCUUACCACACUGCAGCAAUUUGGCAAUGACAUCUCACCUGAGAUUGGAGAACGUGUACGCAGCCUGGUACUGGGGCUAGUGAACUCAACUCUAACCAUUGAAGAGUUCCACUCCAAACUUCAGGAAGCCACAAACUUUCCCCUGCGCCCCUUUGUCAUUCCAUUUCUCAAGGCUAACUUGCCCCUCCUGCAGAGGGAGCUACUUCACUGUGCCCGGAUGGCUAAGCAGACCCCAGCCCAGUAUCUGGCCCAGCAUGAACAGCUUCUGCUGGACGCCAAUGCCAUCUCUCCCCUGGACUCCUCUGAGAUCAUGCUGGAACUCAACGAGCAUGGCAAGAGACGUACCCCAGACAGGACCAAAGAGAAUGCGGGGGACAGGGACGGUUUGCACCAAGAGCACCUGGCCAAACGUCCAUGCACAGUGAGCCCCAGUCAGCGCUUUAGCCCCAGCAGUGGCUUACCAGCCCACCCUCCUCCCAAUGGCCUACCAACACAUCCGCCCAAUGGCUUGCCACAUCCAAACCCUCCUGCCCCGCAGCAUUACCGCUUGGAAGACAUGGCACUUGCCCACCACUACAGAGACGCCUACAGACACGCAGAACACAGGGAUGUCCGGGACCGUCACCGGCAGUCAGCCGUGCAUGGAGCACGUCAGGAGGAAGUGAUUGAUCAUCGGCUGACAGACCGUGAGUGGGCUGAGGAAUGGAAGCACCUCGAUAACUUGCUAAACUGUAUCAUGGAUAUGGUGGAGAAGACGCGGCGUUCCCUUACCGUGCUGCGACGCUGCCAGGAGGCAGACCGCGAGGAGAUGAACCACUGGAUCCGUCGCUAUAGCGACGUGGAGGAUAUGAAAAAAGGUGGGAGCUCCGCCCAGCGGCCUCCUCCUCUUCCUCCCCACCACAACUCUUCCUCCUCCAACACUCCUAACAGCAGCGAAACACAGCCGCUAGAAAUACACAGAGACUUCCUGCAUCGGCCUCCUUCAGGCUACCUACCCGAGGAAAUCUGGCGGAAGGCUGGUACUACAAGCAUCCCGCUCUCGCCAGCAUUAAAGCAACUUCAGAACAAGCAGGAGGAGGCAGUAAAUGAGGUGAAGAGGCAGGCUAUGUCAGAGCUGCAGAAGGCAGUAUCAGAUGCUGAGAGGAAAGCUCACGAGAUGAUCUCUGCUGAACGCUCCAAGAUGGAGAGAGCUUUGGCGGAGGCUAAGAGACAGGCCUCUGAAGACGCGCUGACAGUCAUUAACCAGCAGGAGGACUCUAGUGAGAGCUGUUGGAACUGUGGUCGCAAGGCUAGCGAGACAUGCAGCGGAUGCAACACUGCGCGCUACUGUGGCUCUUUCUGUCAGCACAAGGACUGGGAGAAACACCAUCAUGUAUGCGGCCAGGGUCUGCCUAGCAGUAGCGGUGUGCCACUUGGGACACCAUCUACCACCUCCACCUCAUCCAGCGCUCCCCCAACACACUCUGAGAGCACUACCCCAGGCCCCCUUUCCCUGGCUGGGCAAACCAGCAGUGGCGGCAGUCCUAAGGAAGCAAGCUCCAGCAGUGUUUCUCGCUCAACCACUCCAGCAACACCUGCUCUGAUGGAUUCCUCAUCCCGCUGACUAAUGAACCCCUAACCCCUGCCCAGCCACGCCUACUGCUGCUACAGCAUCCUUCAUCCAAAACAAGCUGAGGAAGCGCCACCAUACUUAACCCUCCUCUUGAAAUGAACUAAGGCAACCUGGCUUUCAUGUCUACGUUAAGCUCUUGUUUUUUAAUCACCAAAAAAAACCCACCAAGGCUCAGAUUCUUUCAAAAAAAGGUCUACUGUGCUUACUUCACCAUGAGCAGGGUCUAUUAUUCUGGAUGCCACUGAGAAAGCCAGGAAAUACGUAUAGUUACAUGUCACAUGUUUGAUUCAUGUACACAGCAUACAAUUUACACCCUUUAAUUGAGGUGUGCUCUGUGUGAAUUGGGGUGGCACCAUUCUCUGAACUUGUUUUGUCCUAGGUGGGACUAAACACAUUUCCUUUAGUUUGACAGGUAGCCAUUACUGCGGGAUGUCAAUAAUGGACAAGAGUACGUUCCCACUCAGAAUAGCUUCCAUCACAGAGCUACUUCCUCACAACAUGACAUAUUGCAUUGCAUUUUCUGGCUUUAAUUAAAACAAAAGAAAAGUCCAAAAAAUCCAAAAGAAGUAACGAUGAUAAGAAGAAUAAAACCUGUUAACUACCUUGCUAGCGAGCCAAGAAAAUCUACACCAGACUCACCUCUCUGUACUGACGUGAACCCAAAUGAAUUUUAAGUGAAAAAAAAGAACAUGAUCCAAACCUUUUUAUUACACUGCCAAAGUUACUAAGAAGCACUCAUCUUGUAACCAAACGCAAACAACUUCACCUCCUCAGCAGUAAAGCCAGCCCAGAGUUCCACAGGCUGUGGAGAGGUGGCAUUGUGACUAGACACUCAAACGUUCACUGUGCCCACUAUGCUGCCCUCUCAGAUAAUGGAACAUAGACUUUAGCCCGGAUCCAUGUCUAUGACUAUGUAGGGUCGUACCUGGGACGUUACAAAGCACGUUACCCAAUCCGCCACAAAGAGAAAUGACAAGAAAGCGAAGGCAAGGAUGAGUAAACAAAGAUGGAUUGGCCUCAAAAGGAAAGACAAAUGGCAACGGAACUGCCAAAAACCUCAUUGGAUUGUACACUAAGAAUGAGCCUUUUCUUCUGAAACACUUUCGUUUGGUUUUUCCUAAAGCUUACUGAAUGCUGAGACAUUUCAUUUUGUUGUACGAUUUCACACUCCCUCAUUUUCCAAAGCAUGACAAGACUGUAGAGUCUCACGAGACUGGCAUAAACUUGGUUCUCUUUUCUCUCGCUCUUUCUACCUCCCCCCAUCUCCUGUAUGUUCAUCCCUUUUUGUCUCCUGACAGAACCUUUGAGCAGAUAUCCACGAAGGGAUCAAACGUUGCUUGUAGAUAUUUCUUUCUGUUUCUGGAUGUCUCUGUCUUCAAUAUCUGCUUGUGUGCGUACUCGGAACGCACUUCUUUCUUUGUCUUUUAGGUUUCAGCCAAACGUUGGACAGAAAAAGACACUCUAACAGGAGAGAAGCUGUGUUGUACCUAUUGUUCGAUUUGUUGUAUCAAUAUUGAUGAUGAGAAUCCUCAUGUAGAAUAUUUUAUAUUGCUCGCAUUGUAAGACAGUGAGAGAACGGAGGUGCAAUACGAAAAGAGAAUUCAGCUACUGAAUGGAACCUCAGAAACAGCCCUUAGGGUACGUUAUAAUAUAAAUAUACAUAUAAAUAUAUCUAAAAUUACCACAGUAAAUUAAUGUGAAUGUACAUAGUAUUUAAAAAGAGGUCCAAAAAUGAGUUUGCCAAAUAACAGAAUCCUUCAAAAUAUAAUGUUUAGAAUUUAAUUUCUCUCCAUUUAAUAUUUUUUGUCUGAAUGAUCAUUUUACAAUGUCUGUUGUAACAGAAAAAAGAAAAGAGGUGCUCACAUCACUGCUUGUGUAGAUUACUGCCAGAGGACACUGCUGAGGGCAUUAUUGCAGCCAUAAGUGUGUUGAAUCAAACGACAUCGCUUUAACAACACGCCAAAACCACAACAGACUGACCUAACUCGCCCUGCGGAGAAGAUCCCAGACUGGGAUUUGGGAGGGAAGCCACUAGAAUCUGUGUGAAACAUUGCCAUCCUUUGGGCCAAAGUGUCACUGCAGUGGUUUGAUGUGUAAUUUGCACACACAAACAUAAAAAGCACGCACACACGCCUUUGAGUAUCCAAGUGUCUGACACCAGAAUCCAUGAUGGUUUUGCUUAAGCACCUAGAUUAUACUUUGGACAUCAGGUUGCCAUCCAACAAAACACCAAACAUAACCCAUGUCAAAUGUAAACUGGAUAAAAAUCACUGGAGGUUGGUGUGUGUGUGUCAAGCGAGUUGAUCACAGUGUUGAUAUUUUUAAAGGUCACUCAUGAAGGCAGUUGCAAUGAACAGGAGUAGUACCCCUCAAGAGUAAAAAUACUUGCGAGUAGUUGUGAGUUUGCCAGCCGCUUUCCUUGUAGGCCUGUUUACAGCCUUUAUUUUGGUCACUUACAAAUUAGCUUAUAACCGAAAUGACAUGUUUUGCUGAGGCGUACCUCUGAUAUGGACCAAACUUUAAAGGCCUGUUUGUCGCUCUAUUUCUAAGUCUAUUUUGGUCUUGCUUUACGCAUGAGGUGGGCUGAAGGUUUAAUUUAUUACACAGCAUAUGUGAAUGAUCUAUUUUUUUUAUUGUAUUUUUAAAGUAAUAUAUAAAUUCAUCCACCAAACAUUAGCAAGUAAGUCUCUCUCUCUCUCUCUUCCACCAUUUGAGCAGGUUUUUAAAAGAACCGUCCUUUCUUUCCCUACUAGCUACCUCCUGUAAUCAAAUCCAAGACCGUAUGUGCGUGGAGAUCAAAAACACUAGCAGACAUGCAAAUCUAUCAUUCUGCUCAAGCUACACAAGACAAUUUAGCAUAGAAAGAAACAGGACAUCAAAUGUAUGAUUCUCAUGUGUGUGUUUUAGCAUUUAAGAAGCUAAUUUUGUCUUAGUCGUGUUUCUUUUAUGGGCUAUUAAACAAGAUAUACUAAAAAAAAAAACUCUUCAUAGAAGUACAUAAAGAUUGAACUCUUGUUGUACUGUUGAAAUAAUUAUCAUUAGUUCUCAAGAUUCUCUUCAAACUGUUGAUCUAAGAUUACUUCAGUGUGCCUGACUGUAGAAAACACCCUGUUGACAUUAAUGCUCACAAUAGCUCCCCUUGUGGCAGGUCUUAUAAUCGUCAUUCUGACACAUUCAGAAUGCACCGAGUGAAACUGAGCCUGCGUAGAUGUACCUGCUUAGAAUGUUUUGAACAUAAGCAUAUCUCAUAAAUAUCCAAAACAAUAAAAGCACAGACCAAAGUAUAACUGCACAUACACAGAAGCCGUUUGGACGUCUAAAACAAACAAACAAAAAAAAGCAUACAGAAUCCAGGUGACAAACUACACCCAUAAACCAAAGUGUACAAAAUGGCCACGUUGAAAGCACAAGAUGACAGUAAACACAUCAAGAGAUCGGUACUAUAAUUCCAUACCAGGGAAGUGCUUGUUCCUGGCAUCCAAAGCAUCAGAUAAGAUUACAAAUGCUUCUAACAUUUGCUCAAAGAUCUCAUUGUUGCGAAUGCAUGUGUGUAUGAUGGUGAUGAAAACAAAAAGAGUAAAUGAUACUUUCUAUUAAUAAUUUUGCUAAGGAACUUACUUGAAUCUCUAGAGCUUUAAAAUAACACCACUGGCAAAGUUAAGAUAGAGAACUUCCAUAGACUCAAUAUGGAGUUUUGCAUGUCUGCUAGUCCAGAACUCAUACAAUAUUUUUGGCCAUUGUAUUUCUAACCAAAAUCUAACCAAAAAACGAGAGCAUGCACUGUGUACUGUAAUUCUGCUGUUAUCCUGAAGUCUGGAUUCUGUCAGCAAACCCAAGUUGGGCAUCAUCUUUGCUCAAAGACUGACAUCAGGAGAAAGAGAGAGAGAGAGAUUAAAGCUUCACUUUCAGCCAACUAAUAAGUAAAUGCUAAAGGUUAACUACUCAACAGCUUGGUUUUAGUAAUGGCCUGUUUAUCAAAGCCUCCUGAAAUCAUCAGGCAUGCGGGAGAUUAGCUAAACCAGAGUGCUACCUUGUCAGAUUGUCCUACUUCCGUUUCAAAAAGUAGGUAGCACAUUUUGAUGACGCAAUAUGCUACCCAUCAGAUUUUGCAACCGGUGUAAAUUUUAAUGUGGAGUAGUGUGAUAUGAAGCUGUAAUAUCAUGCUAAUCCCAACCCCAACCUCAGAACCAUUCAAAUACAGUGUAGGUAGCAUAAUCUGAUGGGUAGGAUAAAACGUCAGGACACUGGCUAACCAUUUUAUGCUGUAUUUAGCGACUCAAACAAAAUAUUCCUGCACAUCACUAAUGUUAUCCAGCCUCACAAAUGAAAUGUGUUACUUUUUUCAUGACUGUAUCAUCCGUAAUGCUAAAUGCUAAAUGCACACAAGGCUGUAGCUGAAACCUUACACUACUGUAGAAGUGAACAUUGCUCAGGCAUUAAAGGCGCUCACGAUACAUGCCGUAACAGCAAGAUACACAUUUAUGUGCUAAUAAACACUUGGUUUGAUACAUUUUAGGCAAACAUGACAUUGUAUUGUGCAAUACAUUAUUACAGGAAAAGGCAUUGUUUCAAUAGGAAAGGUUGGUGUGUGUUAAAGAAAAUGUUUUUGUUUUUCUUUUUUUCUCUUUCAAGGUCCUGUUAUCAUUCUCUAGACGAUGUGAACUGUGCCAGGAGAGUUUUAUUUAUUUCUUGCAUGCUCUUCCCCCCUUUUCGCAAUCCCCUCACCCUCUCUUACUGUGCGCUUUGUUGGACAUGUGACGCUGUAAACAUUCUAAAUCAGGUUAUUGUCUGUGUUGAGAUACGUAUCUGUGUAAUUAAAAAAGACAGUGAAACAUGA